AUGGGUAUUUUAUUGGAAAUCGACCGGAAUGUAGACUGUACAGGUAAAGAAACAAUUCGAGGAAUGUCGGGAGAAGAGGAUAGUGGCGUAAGACAGAGGGAAGAGAGUUAUACGGGUCGGAUUUGGUCGUCGUUGGGAAAUUGUUGGUUCGUAAAUGAUGGAAAGACCAAUGGGCGCGUAGUGAUCGUAGUGACUUGUCGCAAAGAUACUAGUAGAGAGGUACCUAGAUCCUGGGCACCUGUGAUUUUCUAUGAUUUUCAUCGUCUUCAUCCAAUCUAUCCAUUCCCUUCCGUGAUACACCCAGGUACCAAAACACCAAAAACCGAUAAAGAUUAUGAGGUUCUACAACAUCUCGACCGUUACAACUUCUAUCCAAAACGGCAUGUAAGGAGACCAAUGAAACGCGUAAAGCACAGAUCAGUCACGGUCUUAUCAAAUCGUGUCAGGAAAACAUUUAAAGCGGCAAGUUUGGAUUAA